AUGAUUAAAAGGAGGAAAAAACCUGUUGACGGGGCCAUCAUUAUUACCUCAUGGAUUGACGAGGAUUUACGAUGUCUUAGACGUCAAGGAGUUCGAUUAAUUCAGGGUGAAACUAUGGGAAAAUACCGACUAAUUGAUAAAGUGAAACAUAAAGAAAUGAUUUUAGAAAUUAAAUGUGAUGAUGAUGACGAUAAUAAUAAAGAGAAAAAAAGAUAUGAUUUUGAUGAAGAAGAAAAAUUGAAGAUAAAGAUGGUAAUGGAAAAAGAUGAGGAAUUUAUUUUUUUAUCAAGAGUGAAUCUUAUUUGGAAUGAUGUGAUUAGUUUGGAUGCUUCCGAUCCUGAAUUUGAUGAAUUCGACUUAAAAAUAACACACUUAACUUCGGUUCGUAAACUUAUUGUACCUUUGUUAAUCAAGUGGGCAGACCUUGAAGCACAGAUUCGUACAAUAUUCUCUAUUCCUUCCGAUACAAGUUUCCUCUUACGUUAUCGAGAUGAAGAUGGAGACCUGAUAACAUUAAAUUCAGAUCUUGAAUUUGAACAAAUUUUGAGUCAAGAUGCUCGUAUAAAGUUCUUAUUAACUUUACCUCAAGAUGAAAUUGAUCAACCUGAUACAAAUUGGGAUGUAAGUUCUAUUAGUUCAGCUGAUACUAUUGGUACUAUUAAUGAAGAACCUGUCUUGGUAGAUAGUCAACCACAACCACAAAUGCUGCAUCGACAAUUACAAUUAGAAGCGCAUCUACAACAACAACAACUACAACAAGCGCAAGCACAAGCAGUACAACUGCAUUUACAAUUACAGGCCCAAGCCCAAGCUCAACAACAACAACAACAGCAAGCGUUAGCGCAAGCACAAGCAGCUGAAGUACAUGAAAAGGAUAAUGAUGAUGAUACAGUGGAUUUGAUUGAUGAUAUGGAUGCUGAAGAAGAAUUAAGUAGUAAAAAUUUAAAUAAAGAUUUUACUGCCACCUCUGCUACUACCGGGGUAUCAAAUGUUAAAAGAUGGGUGGAAUCUAAUGAAAUCAGUGAUCCCUUUGAUAUUAAUUCAUUUGAAUCUACUCGAUUAGCUCGAUCACCUCAACAAAAUUAUUCUUCCAUCACCAAACAAGAUUCUCCCACAAUCAAAUUAGAUUCCCCCACUAUCAAAUUAGAUUCUCCUACCAUUAAACUUGAUUCUCCCACCAUUAGACAAGAUUCCUCUUCCUCCUCUACUAAACGAGAUUCUUCGACAACUAAAACUAAAGAAUUUAUGAAUAAAUUCGAUAAUGUUAUUCAAAAGUGUCAUCAAGUAUUUGAUGAAAAUCCAGAAUUGUUGGAUAAAGCGAAUUCAGUUUUGGAAAAUACACCAACGUAUAUUGAAUUUAUUUUAAAUAUGUUAAAUUCCGUGAAAGAACAAAAUAACAAUUCAUCAUCAUCAAAUGAGGCUUCUUCUUCUUCUUCAACUUCACAACAGCAACAACAACAACAACGGGAUCAAAAUGAUAAUCUUCCUUAUAUUAUGAUGCCACCAUUAUCCAAAUAUUAUUCAAAUGAAUUAAGUACCCUUCGAGAUAUGGGAUUUACGGAUACUGAAUUAAAUCAUAAUCUUCUUCAAAAAUGUAAUGGUAAUGUUGGUAUGGUAAUUGAUCAGAUUCUUUCAAAUGCACAAAGGGGAUCAUCAUCAUUAUCAUUAUCUAGUUCCAUUUCUUCUUCCUCUUCUUCUUCCUCCUCUUCUUCCUCCUCUUCUUCCUCCUCGUCAUCAUCUAAUCCCCCUCCUCCUCAAUCAUUAUCACAUAAAUUAUCAGACAGACGUAGAACUCCUUAUUCUAUGUCACGACAACGUCCAAGUUCAAGUCCAAGUGUCUACACUGGUACAUUUAAUGUAAGUGGACAAGAUGCAGUUGAAAGUUUGACGCCUUGGUUGGAAUGUGAAGAAGAUAUUGAUGUUUAUGUAAUUGGAUUUCAAGAAAUUGACUUGAGUGCCGAAGCAUUUUUUUAUGGUACGAAAGGAGACGCUUGGAUUGGUGCAGUAGAAAAAGCGUUAGGAGAGAAAAAAGAUAAUUAUUUGAAGUUAGAAUCUAAACAAUUGGUCGGAAUACUUUUAACGAUUUGGGUAAAGAGAGAACAUUGGCCAUAUAUUAAAGAGAUUAGAACUGAUUAUGCAGGUGUGGGAUUAAUGGGAAUGCUGGGUAAUAAAGGAGGAGUAGCUAUAAGAUUCCGAUUUUAUGAUUCAUACAUAUGUUUUGUGAAUUGUCAUUUGGCAGCAGAUCCCAAUGGAUUAGAAAGAAGGAAUCAAGAUUAUAUGGAAAUAUGUCGAAGAAUGACGUUUCCUAUUAAUACUAGUGAAGGGUAUUCUUCAUUAUAUGGUUGGGUGGGAGGUUAUAUUCCGUCUUCAGUUAAAUAUGCUAAAUAUAUGAUUAGUUUAUCUGGUUUAUCCAGUAGUCUAUCAAUAACUUCUACUUCAAAUGCAACAAAUACAAUUAUGAAUGAAGAAACAAGUACAAUUAUAAGUGAAGAAACUAUAAAUGAAGAAGCAAAUACAAUUAUAAAUGAAAAUACAAUAAUGAUGUUAUGGGAGGGGGAUCAUUUAAUUUGGAUGGGAGAUUUGAAUUAUAGAAUUGAUAAAUUGACUGUAAAAGUUAUUAAAUCUUUCUUGGACAGUGGAAAUGCCAAAUAUUUACUUGAUCAUGAUCAGCUUAAUAUACAGAGAAAGAAGAAAAAAGCAUUUUAUGAAUUUGAAGAAGGUGAAAUUUCAUUUCCACCAACUUAUAAAUAUGAUUUUGGAACAAAUGAUUUUGAUAGUAGUGAAAAACAAAGAUCACCAGCAUGGACAGAUAGAAUAUUAUGGAGAAGUAAAGAAAGUAAUUGGUGUAAACAAUUGACAUACAAAAGUCAUAUGGAUAUUAUGUUUAGUGAUCAUAAACCUGUUAGUUCAAUUUUUGAAUUAAAGUUAAAAAUAUAUCCACCUGAAGAAGAGGAUGAUGAAAUAAUUAUGCAUGAUAAUGUAAUUAUAUUAAAAGAUAAUGGAUGUAAUACCAAAUCAAUAUUAAUAACAACAAUAAAUAAUACAUCAACACCUUUAUCUUAA